GCGAAACAAACAACGAUGGCUAGUUCGUCGGGGAAGCAGGCGUCCAAAAAUGCUUCUAAAAGCUCGUCUGGAGGCUCAGGCAGCGGAGGAGGAAGCCUACCAGCUAUGCCCGGGACCACUUCCUCGCUCAUGGGGAGCCUGAACAAGAAAAAGAAACCGUUUCUGGGCAUGCCAGCGCCUCUAGGCUAUGUGCCCGGUCUCGGUAGAGGAGCCACUGGCUUCACGACACGGUCUGAUAUCGGUCCCGCUCGUGAUGCUAACGACCCUGUGGACGACCGCCAUGCCCCUCCGGGGAAGAGAACGGUGGGGGACCAGAUGAAGAAGAAUCAGGAUGACGACGACGAAGAUCUGAACGACACCAACUAUGACGAGUUCAACGGCUAUGCAGGCAGCCUUUUCUCAAGCGGGCCGUAUGAAAAGGACGAUGAGGAGGCCGACGCCAUCUACGCUGCCCUGGACAAGCGGAUGGACGAGCGGCGGAAAGAGAGAAGGGAGCUGAGGGAAAAGGAGGAGAUUGAGAAGUACCGAAUGGAGCGGCCGAAGAUUCAGCAGCAGUUCUCUGAUCUCAAGAGGAAACUGUCUGAGGUCACUGAGGAGGAGUGGCUCAGCAUCCCGGAGGUGGGAGACGCCAGGAACAAACGACAGAGGAACCCGCGCUACGAGAAACUGACGCCGGUCCCUGACAGCUUCUUCGCCAAGCACCUUCAGUCGGGAGAAAACCACACCACCGUGGAUCCUCUGCAGGGGCAAUUUGGUGGUCUCAAUACUCCCUUCCCUGGGGGACUGAACACACCUUACCCAGGCGGCAUGACCCCAGGCCUAAUGACGCCAGGGACGGGCGAUCUGGACAUGAGGAAGAUCGGCCAGGCCAGGAAUACUCUGAUGGACAUGAGGCUCAGUCAGGUAUCUGACUCAGUCAGCGGGCAGACAGUGGUAGAUCCAAAGGGUUAUCUGACAGAUCUGAACUCCAUGAUUCCUACACAUGGCGGUGAUAUCAGUGAUAUCAAGAAGGCGCGUCUGCUCCUGAAGUCUGUGAGGGAGACCAACCCCCACCACCCCCCUGCCUGGAUUGCUUCCGCUCGCCUAGAGGAGGUGACAGGAAAGCUGCAGGUGGCCAGAAACCUCAUCAUGAAGGGCACUGAGAUGUGUCCUAAGAGUGAGGACGUGUGGCUGGAGGCGGCCAGGCUGCAGCCCGGAGACACAGCCAAGGCAGUGGUGGCCCAGGCGGUCCGCCAUCUCCCCCAGUCAGUCCGCAUCUACAUCCGUGCGGCCGAGCUGGAGACGGACGUCCGGGCCAAGAAACGAGUGCUGAGGAAAGCUUUAGAGAAUGUGUCCAAGUCGGUGCGGUUAUGGAAGGCAGCCGUGGAGCUGGAGGAGCCUGAAGAUGCCAGGAUCAUGCUGAGUAGAGCUGUGGAGUGCUGCCCAACCAGUGUGGAGCUGUGGCUGGCCCUGGCCCGUCUGGAAACAUAUGAGAACGCCAGGCGGGUUCUGAACAAGGCCCGCGAGAACAUCCCCACGGACCGCCACAUCUGGAUCACGGCCGCCAAGCUGGAGGAGGCCAACGGCAACACGCAGAUGGUGGAAAAGAUCAUCGACAGAGCCAUCACCUCCCUGCGCGCCAACGGAGUGGAGAUCAACCGUGAGCAGUGGAUCCAGGACGCCGAAGAGUGUGACAAGGCCGGCAGUGUGGCCACCUGUCAGGCGGUGAUCCGAGCGGUCAUUGGGAUUGGGAUCGAGGAGGAGGACUGCAAGCACACCUGGAUGGAGGAUGCGGAGAGUUGUGUUGCCCACGGAGCGUUGGAGUGUGCCCGCGCCAUCUACGCCCAUGCCCUGCAGGUGUUCCCCAGCAAGAAGAGCGUGUGGCUGAGGGCCGCCUACUUCGAGAAGAACCACGGGACCCGGGAGUCUCUGGAGGCCCUGCUGCAGCGGGCGGUGGCUCACUGCCCCAAGGCCGAGGUGCUGUGGCUCAUGGGGGCCAAGUCCAAGUGGCUGGCAGAGGAUGUGCCUGCAGCCCGCAGCAUCCUCGCCCUGGCCUUCCAGGCAAACCCAAACAGUGAGGAGAUCUGGCUGGCAGCUGUCAAGCUGGAGUCAGAAAACAACGAGUAUGAAAGAGCCCGUCGGCUGCUGGCCAAGGCCCGGAGCAGCGCGCCUACUGCCAGGGUCUUCAUGAAGUCAGUGAAGCUGGAGUGGGUGCUUGGUAACAUCGAGGCGGCCCAGGAGCUGUGCACAGAGGCUUUGAAGCAUUACGAGGACUUCCCCAAGCUCUGGAUGAUGAGGGGGCAGAUCGAGGAACAGUCCGGGACAGUGGACAAAGCCCGGGAGGCCUACAACCAGGGGCUGAAGAAAUGUCCGCAGUCCAUUCCCCUGUGGCUGCUGCUGUCUCGGCUGGAGGAGAAAGCUGGCCAGCUGACCCGUGCCCGAGCCAUUUUGGAAAAGUCCCGCCUCAAAAACCCUCAGAAUCCAGAGCUGUGGCUGGAGUCUGUGCGGCUGGAGUACAGGGCUGGACUGAAGAACAUCGCCAACACCCUGAUGGCCAAGGCGCUACAGGAGUGUCCCAACUCAGGGAUUCUGUGGGCGGAGGCAGUGUUCUUGGAGGCCAGGCCCCAGAGGAAGACAAAGAGCGUGGAUGCGCUGAAGAAGUGUGAGCACGACCCGCAUGUCCUGCUCGCAGUGGCCAAAUUGUUCUGGAGCGAACGCAAGAUAACCAAAGCCAGAGAAUGGUUCCUGCGGACGGUCAAAAUCGAGCCAGACCUUGGAGAUGCCUGGGCACUCUUCUACAAGUUUGAGCUGCAGCAUGGGACAGAGGAGCAGCAGGCGGAGGUGCGGAAGCGCUGCGAGAACGCUGAGCCUCGGCACGGGGAGCUCUGGUGCGCCGAGUCCAAACACAUCCUCAACUGGCAGAAGAAGAUCGGAGAGAUCCUGGUCCUUGUCGCCGCCAAGAUCAAGAACACCUUCUGAGCCAGCGGGCACGCCCCUGUCCAUCAGGAGCUGACGGGGGAUGAAGUGCGUUUCUCUGUAGGACUGCCUUUCCCCUUUCUGGAGCUGUUACUGAGAACACACCACAUACUGCUGUCUUGUUCUAGUACAUGCAUCUCUUUAUAUCAGAGGUAUCCACUGGUGAAUGCCACAUCCUGGGUAUAAUACAUGUAUCUCUGUUAUAAAGCUGUAGAUCAGCAUGUUUUUUUUAAAAUAGCUUGAUCUUGAUCCCUCGUUUCAAGCUCCAUUGUCCAAAGGGAUGUGUAUUUUGUGAUGCAGAUUUAAUAAACCUAAUAAGUUUUUUUUUUUUUUUUUUUUACUCAAUUUCAGUGCAAAAUGUAUUCCCCGUUAAGAAUAUUUCAAAUUUUUUUUCAAAGUGUCCAUCGUCACUGAUGACACAGUGGAUCCUGAGUGGGGUAGUUAUGUCAGUGGAUGAGGUAUUAGUAACACCGGUGGGUUGAGUGGUGAUUGUGCCCUUGCUGGAUCUUUUUUCAGUCACAGAAUGCAUAUGAAUGUGAGUAGAUCAUCUAAAAUUAUUUUGGGUCCAACUCUGGCAAAAUUUAAAUGUAGCUGGUUAGCAAACUGACGCAGUGUUACCAUACUUAAUUGGUUUGAUAAAUAUUUGAAUGCCUCUUCAGUGAUAGCCAGCUACUUGGCUAGAUAAUCGAGCUAAUGUUUGCUGGCUCCUUAGCUGCUGUCAAUUUAAGCUAGCAUCUGAAUAAUGACACUUUCAUAGAUGAACUGCAAAGCAAGCAGGUUAGUGACAUACUGUCAGUAUGUUUAAUUUGCCAUUUUGCCUUUAGUAAUUGGUUUUGCUUUGCUCUGGGUGAAAGCAUUGAAGCAAGCUACAUAGUUAGCAUAUGUCUAUGCAUUUUACUGACAUAGACAACACUGAGUGUGAAAGCAGAAGGUGUAUUUUGAUAGUGACAGCUGACAGUGGACAUGAUGAGGCAGCUUUGGCGCCCAGUUUAGAUUCCCUCUUCACUAUUCCUCUUUAUCCAGUGAAGUAUAUAUAUUCUUGUACAAAGGACUGCUUCUUUGUUUGAGUCUGUAGUGACUGUGAACUGUAAUGAG